CUGAUUAAUAUUGAGUUUGACAGCGUGUUUUAUAUUAAUUCUAAUUGUUAUAAGAUUUUUAUUAAUCCUUUCUGUAAGAUAAAAUUGUAAUCCACUAUGGACAAUAAAUCCGACGAAUCAGCUCUACCUGAGAAAACAAUAUUUAAUACGAUAGCGCAAGGUGACCUGACCGAAUUUAAGAAUAUCCUCGCUCAACAUAAGGGCAGCGUCGAUUUCUUUGACGAAAAUGGUAUGACGGCACUUCAGCACGCCGCUUAUAAGGGUAGUAAGGACAUGGUGCAAUUACUGCUUGAUAGGGGUGCGGACGUAAACUCCGGUAAACAUGAAUACAAUUAUACUGCAUUACAUUUCGGUGCUCUGUCAGGGAAUUCAGAGGUUUGUAAGUUGCUGUUAGAUGCUGGAGCUAAACCAACGGCAACCAACUCCGUGGGCCGCACUGCCUCACAAAUGGCAGCUUUCGUUGGUAACCACCACACUGUGGCUACAAUUAAUAACUAUAUACCGAAUAGUGAAAUUUCCUACUACUCAAUGUCUCAAGGGCAACAAACCGAACCAUACCUACAACCAUUCCUAGUUGAACCUCUCCAUAAAUUCGUUCUUGGUGUAAACAUUCAUCCGGUUAGGUUGGCUCUUAACCUACAACAUUUGCCAGCUUUAUUAGAUAAUGCAGAGAAAGUAAGUAAAGUUCUCGAGAUGCUUUGUAAAAAAGAAAUGACCCGAGGAAGUGACACAAAUGAAGUGAUGGCAUUUAAGUAUCAUUACCUCGCUUACAUUUUGAAGGAAUUAAACAAUAUAAGAGAUAAGCAGAAACCUAAUACUGAAAGCAAGGAAGAUAAGAAACAUGACAUUGUUGAAGUUUUUGCUAAAAAGCUUUUGAAACCUGGUAAAGAUGGUGUUUCAUUAGAUCUGAUGGACUCAUUCCUCAAAGAUUGUGUCCGCGAGUUUCCUUACAGAGAAUGUACAACAUUCCACCAGAUGGUGAGUUCAUUAACAAGCAAGGAUCCGCCACCGGCUUUGACAGUUAUCAACUGUACCAUAAAUGGCCAAAGAGGAUUUGUAGAUGCUAUUCCUUAUUGUAGUACUUGUGGAGAAGAGAAACCAGCUAAGAAGUGUUCGAAAUGUAAAACAGUACAGUACUGCGAUCGGGAAUGCCAACGCCUUCAUUGGUUUGUCCAUAAAAAGGCUUGUAACAGAGAAUCAAGUGUCCCCAUCACCAACUCCAAACCUGCAGUGGAUGCCACUGAGAUAACUGCUGAGUUACAAAAUCUUGUAGCUGGAUAGUUUAUAGUUCAUUUAAUAUAAAUACAAUGGUUUUAAAUUUAAGGCUUAAGGCCAUAAACUCAGAAUUGUUUGACUUGAACCUAAGACAAUAUCCAUAUACAUAUUCCAUUUCAUUGCAAAAUGCUUAAAAUAAUGAGCAAAAACUAUCAAUAACAUCAACACAGACAUACUUUGAAAGAAGUUUGUUAUUGAAUUUGCUUUGCAUUUAAUUGAAACCAUGUAAAGAGCCAUAUACAAGACCAUAAAACCCAGAGGCCUAACAACAUAAUGUUAUAAAUGAUUUUGUCAAUUUUGUCUUUUUGCUCUUUACCUUUGUAUUGGUGACUGUAGAGAGAGGCACAAAUUUCUUAUUGUAUUGUAGAAUUUGUUUGUAUUCCAUAUGCAUUUAGAAUAUACAUGUUGCUUCACUUUAAUAUUUCGGGCUAUCUAUAUCAUGUCAUUUUUUUUUCUCUCUGGACAAAGACCAUAGACAAAUAAUACAUUUUAUUAAAUAUUCUUUCAAUGGUAAUCAUAAUUUAACAAGAGAAAAUAAUUAAUUUUGGAUUAACCUUAACUUAGGGUUGUCAACUUUAUUAUGUUUUACAAUAUUUUGGCAUAAACUCUCAUAAAGAAAUGAAUUAAGAUCUGAAACAGGCACAGAAAUAGUUGGUUUUAUAUAAAUAAAGUUAUAUUUAUCUUUUCAGUAUAUUUUAAAUAAAUAUAUCAUAUUUCCUUGAUAUUUUUGUUCAAGAAAUUUCAACUGCUUAUUUAUUAUUAUUAAGCUAAUGUUUGGUUUACAAUACUUAUUUGAAAGGAAUCCAAGACUUCAAUCCAUUACCUUUUCUCCACAUGUAAAAGAGAUAGUAAUAUUAUGUCAAGUCCUAUCAAAUUAGAGAUUGUGUUGAGCAAAAUCUGUCUAAUGUUUUUUUUUUUUUUUGCAUAUGUAGAUGGCCCUAUUCAAAAUAAUUAUUGUUAGUAGAUAAAUAAAAUUAUAGAUUUAUUAGAAAUAAAAAUUCAAUUCAAUGUGAAGAAAUAUAUAAAAUUAUUGUCGUGUCUUAUCUAGAACACCAAUCAUGAUUAAUGUUCAACUUUAUAUUUAGUCAAAUUGACCUAUGAAUGUACGAUGCUGUUACAAAAUACUUUUCUAUUGGUAGUUUCUCUAUCUGAGAGUGUGAGACAAAUCAUAUUAUAUUUUCUUGUUGUAUGUAUCAGUGUCACAUAAUUGUAUAACAUUCACUUUAGUGAUAAAAUAAAA